AUGGGUCGUAAAAAGAUUAAUAUAACGCGGAUUAAUGAUGAUCGUACGCGUCAAGUGACAUUUACAAAAAGAAAAUUUGGUUUAAUGAAAAAAGCUUAUGAACUAUCGGUAUUAUGUGGCUGUGAAAUAGCAUUAAUGAUAUUUAAUAAUAACGGUCGUCUAUUUCAAUAUGCAUCAUCCGAUAUGGAUAAAGUUUUAUUAAAAUAUGCAGAAUACAAUGAACCACAUGAAUCAUGUACUAAUACUGAUAUAGUUGAUAUCUUAAAUAAAAAACAUUCAGCUAUGAAACCAGCAGCAAGUGGCAGCAGUGAGGAUACUGAAAUGAUGGGAGAUAACGAUGAAAGUAACGAACCAACAUUUGCUGAAAGUGUUAAUAGUUUUCUUGUCACUAGCAAUCUCAACUGUUCAUCAUCAAAUAGCAAUAGCCACAAUAUGACAUUCCUUAGUAAUAAUAAUAAUAAUAAUAAUUCUAAUAAUACUACAAGAACAGUUCUACCCGAUUUUCAAUAUUUAACAUCUCCGUCUGAUGAGCAACAAUUAUCAACAACCAUAAUAAAUCACAUUCCCAUUUAUCCUAUUCCGAAAUCUAUUGAUGCUAAUCAAUAUGGAAAUAACAUUACCAAUAAUGCUAACCUUCACUCAAGUACAACUCAUGUAACACAAUCUCCACAUACACCGAUGAAUCAUUUUGUAGCUCAGCAACCAACAACACAUAUUGGCCGUAUAAUGACAGUUGGUCCAGAUAUGAGUGUUUCGUCGAUUGAUCUCAGUGCACUUGCUUCACAAUUGACGUCAAAUUUUUUGGCAUCUUUAACGAAUGCUGCCGUUGUUACAACUGCUGAUAAUUCAUCAUCGGCAAUACCUAUGAAUUUAAUAAAUCGAGAUUGUCAACCAACAAGUAUUGGUCGAGGUCAAACAAUUAUGCUAACGAAUAGUCCGAAUACCAUUGUACUUACUGGCCAACAACAACAAUUGCAACCACAGCCACAAUGCCGAAAUAUUAUUAAACAAGAACCCAUUCUCUACACGACGACAACAGCAACAACAACAUCAGCUGCCAGUAGAAACGAUUUGUGCUAUGAAUCGAACAUUAAGCAAAACCGUUUAUGGCAAUAA